UGACAAGCAUGAUCAAUGACAGAUUAUAAAGAAAAAAAGAAGGUGGGCGGGGCGGAGGAGGCGAAACUAGCAGCUGACCGACCACCACUCGACCAGUCGCCACUCAGCAGAGGCAGAGCCGCUCCAGACUCCACACAGGGAAGACGUGAAGCACUCCAUCGUCUCCACUUCACCAUGUCGGCUGGGAAGGUCAUCAUUUACGGGGGACGUGGCGCUCUGGGAUCCGUGGUGGUGAAGCAUUUCAAAGCCAACAAUUUCUGGGUGGGAACCAUUGACCUUGUGAAGAAUGAAGAUGCCGACUCCAGUGUGGUGGUGAGCAAGGAGGACAACUGGGCCACUCAGACCACCACUGUCAUUGAGGGACUGAAGUCUUGUCUUGGUGAUGAGAAGGUGGAUGCCAUCAUCAAUGUGGCUGGUGGAUGGGCUGGAGGAAAUGCUGCCAGCAAGGACUUCCAGAAAAGCUGUGAGACAAUGUGGAGUCAGAGUGUGUGGUCCUCCACCAUCACUGCACAGGCUGCUGCACUCUUCCUGAAGGAGGGUGGCCUGGUCUCCCUCACUGGGGCUGAACCAGCACUGGCAGGCACAGCAGGUAUGAUUGGUUAUGGUAUGGCCAAGGCUGCCGUGCACCAGCUGACCUGGAGUCUUGGUCAGGAAAACUCUGGUCUGCCUAAGGGUGCCACAGCUGUUGCCAUCUUGCCCAUAACCCUGGACACCCCAAUGAACCGCAAGUGGAUGUCUGGAGCGGAUUUCUCCAAGUGGACAAGCCUGGAGUUUGUGGCUGAGCUGUUUUACAAGUGGAUAAAUGGAAAAGAAGAGAGACCUGUGUCAGGCAGUCUUGUCAAGCUGAUCACCAAGGAUAACAAGACAGAUGUGGUCAAGGUCUAACUCCACAUCCAUCUAGCCCAGGUCCUCCUCAACACCCAGCCUUACUCCUCACUCUCCAAUGGAAGUGUCCCACCACCCAGACUGACGCACAGCAUCCAGCCCAUCUCACCAAGCCUGACUCCUUACCAUGCUCUCUCACUCUUCCUUAGUUUUCCCUUUUGCCUCACCUAAUGUCCUAUGUGUCUCUCUUCUUUCCUGAGACUGUUCAUGGUCACCUUGUUCUCUGUAAAGGAGGAAAGAUGUAUUCUGAUUCAUAUUUUCCAAGUGACUAUUUUCAGCACAAACUUAAGACAUUGUGGGAUCGAGGAGUUUUCUUUUAAUUGCUCAGUUUAAUUGUAAUUAAUUCUACCUUUUAUUUGAUGCAUUUAAAGACAGCUAUACAUGCAGCACAAUUAUCAUAGUAAAUGGCUUACUUGAUAGAAGUCUGCUUGAUGGUGCAUUCACAGUCAGAGGUUGAGUAACAUUAAGCAUUCAUCUCCUCUGUGUUUAGUGCUUUCACUCUUAAGUCCAGUGACUUCCUAAAACUUCCCCUGGUCAUUUCCAUAAAGAGAUUUUCAGCUAAUCUAAGUACUUGAGAUUGAAAUGCAAAACAUGAUGGGAGUAAAUAUGGCUUACUAACUUUUCACUAUUACUUUACAUAUCAGUUUUGAGGUGUUAGUAUUUAAGUUACAAUCUUAAGAAUUAGGAGCAGCAAGGAUGACAGAAUUACAAAGUAUUCAUAAAAUGCUUUGGUAUUUUAUGUGUUCAUUUCAUCACAGUGUAAUCCUGAAUGUUUGUGUUUUCUUGCAUAGUCUUUAUUUGUUACUGUUAUGGAGAUGUGGCUCUGGAUCUGUGUCCUUAACUCUGGCUGCUCUGUACUGUACUUGUUAUUCUUGUUUACAUAUAAUUGUUGUUGUUGCAUAAUAUAAAAAAUGUCUCCUUUCUCUGAAGAGCUUGAUACUGUAAGAGGAGACCAGUGUUCAUGUUUCUGUCUUGUGCAAAACUGUAUUUGUUGAUCAUGUUGUCAGAUAUUUGUUGACACCAAGGGGUGUUCUCAGUGCUGUUAAUUUUGUUUAUGAAUACAUUUAAGAUCCAUUGGGAGAGAUGUUUGUAUAAUGAUUUAAAACAAUUUGGACACAUUCCUCUUACUUCAUUCUUCAUUUUCAACUUUGUACACCCUUUCACUCAUUUCCAUUCUUGCCCUGUCUGAUCACCUCUUUGUGCAAUCAAUGCUUUAACCAUUCUAGUAGGUAUGGGAAUGAGUCUUUAGGUCACAGCUUCCCUAGGGUACAGUAACUAAUUCUGGUGAUCCAGCCCUUGAGUGCCUAUGCUUCCUGAAGUGACAAAUACCCCAACAUGUAUUUUUGUAUUGUGCUUUCCUGCUCCCUCUUGAUGCAAAGUGAGGAAAAGGAGCAAAGAAAUAGAUAGGAAGAUGUACAAGUGCUUCUCUGCUAGACAGUAACACAUAAAGUGCUUCCCUGUCUAUUUUUAUAAGUGUGGAAUUGUUGAGAAAUGAUACCUUAGAAAAUUAAGUGUUGAAGUGUUUGAGAAGAUUUAUGGUGACUUAUUCAGAUUUGUGUGCAUCAUUUAAUGAAAGUGCUUCCCAAUAUGUAUUAAAAAUGAAACUGUUAAAUGAUGACUUAGAAAACUUGAAGUAAGAAAAAGUCUUGUGUAGAACUUGCAUCCUGUGAGAUUGGGUAGGAGUGGAAGGAUGUGUUAAGUUUCAGAGAUAUGAUGGAUGGGAUACUUAUUUGACAUUUCAACUUGUACUUUGUGAUUCAGCUGACUGAUUGAGGUGUGUUUGUGGUGCUGCAUGUGGAUGUGUGGUGCUGAAUAAGUGCUUCCCUCAGUAUCAACAUAAACCACCAGCACUACAGCCAUUGCCAAUAAUUCUCUCUCUCUCUCUCUCUCUCUCUCUCUCUCUCUCUCUCUCUCUCUCUCUCUCUCUCUCUCCUGGUCGUUCUAAUAUUUGGAAAGUUGAGUGUGCAAUAUGGGAUAAUGAUUCUGGCUUAAAUAAAUGGAUGCAUAUUUA